CAGACAGACGAUGCAGCACAGACCGACGGACAGCAACAGACACAAUCUUCUGAAAACACAGAAAACAAAUCACAGCCGAAACGGCUGCAUGUCUCAAAUAUACCCUUCAGAUUCCGGGAUCCAGAUCUCAGACAAAUGUUUGGGGUAAGUACUUUGUAUUAUUACACAGUUUGCAUUUUUAAAAAUCUAGCAUUUUAAAGUUGUGAACCGCCCUGAGAUCUAUGGAUGAAGGGUGGUAAACAAAUUUAAUAAAGAAAUUAAAUAAAUAAAAAAAAUACUAGUUUACAUUUGCAUUUUUUAAAAAAGAAGAAGGUCCUCUUCAGAUUGUAACCUCACACUUACUACCGUAAGUUUUGAAUGUGCAUCAUCAGUCCUAUAAACAGGGCUCAAGCCAGAUGCAACUUCAGGAACAUCUCAGUAGUUGCAGCUUUUUUCUAUGUUCUCAGUGGGUCAAGGGGGUCUAGGUCCCACUCCAUGGGGCAGGGUCUGUGUCAAGCACUUAUUCUUAACCAAGAACCUGUGGGCAGAUCCAUACCAGACAUUUAUAGCACAGACCAUUCACAUUUAAAACACAUGACUCCCCCAGGAAUCCUGGGAACUGUAGGUUGUUAAGGAUGUGGGCAUAUAUUAGGGGAGUCAUAUGUUUUAAAUGUGCAUUGGCUGUGCUUUAAAAGUCUGGUGUGGAUCUGCCUGCAGGUUCUUGGCUAAGAAUAAGCUGCUGGGAUUCAUUGAGCGAAGUCAUGUGCUUUAAAUGCACAUUGAGUGUGCUUUAAACUCAUGGUGUGGAUCUGUCCUCAGACAGUUGAAGCAGCUUCCACUGUUGGUUUCAUGGAACCAUCGAGACCAUCUCAGAAGAAAACAGCAACAAAGGUCGAGUACACAACAUACACCAAAAGCAAAUUUAACACACACAUACACCAAAGAAUCCUGGGAACUUCAAUUUAUCCCCCACAGAGCUGCAACUCCAAGCGCCCUUAAGAAACUACAGUUCCCAGGAUUCAUGGAGGAGGGGGAAUGCAUUUUCAAUAUCUGGUGUGUACACAGCCAAAAAGUCAAGUACCACAUCAAAGACUAGCAGAUCUGUUUGUGUUUAAGGGGCAAUAUGACAGACGAAGGCUGCAGUCCGAAUCCCCACUUGCCUAGGAGAAUCCCCAUUGAAUUCAACAGGACUUAAUUUUGAAUAGUUGAUGCAGGGCUGCCUUUAGCAUAUGCUGCGCCGGGGUGCCCAGCGUCACCAAUUUUUUUUUUGGGGGGGGAGGCCAAAGUUGUUGAGCCUUUUUUAAGGGGGAGCCCAGGAGCUCCGAGUUCCUUAGCUUUUUUGGGGGGGCACACAACUCUCUCCCAUGCCGUUGCAAGAGGAGAGCAAUCCUUCCCCCGGGAGGGAAGCUACAUUCCUCAUGUGAGCAGUGUGCACUCUGCACACUCUCGACGGCCCACCAAUCCCAAGCGUGCAGGAGGGUGGAGCCAUCCGGCUGCCUCAGCAUCCGCAGCAGAAAAGCCUGCAGCGCUCUGAUGGGCUCCACUGCUCGGCAGCGGCUGUCGGCUGGCCUGGCUCUUUAAUCCCCGGACUCCAAAUCUCGGCCCUAGACUCUUAGCCUGGAACCUCUGAGAGCGCAGCGUCCGGGUGCCCUGCACCCCUAGUGCCUAUGGAUAAGCCGGCCCUAAGUUGAUGAGAGUCAAAUGGCAAAAAUUGGUCAUAUAAAAAAGGGGGUAAAAAGGAACCGAUGCAGAAAUGUGCUAAACUGAAUUUAAGAUUAGAAAGAUGAGAAACCUUGAGAAAAGGUUUCUUGCAGUAAUCAUAACAGGGAACCCCACUUAGGUGUUCCUCCUGCACAUGAGAUGCUCCCCUGCAUGGAACAAGGGUCACACCAUCAACCUGAAUGGAAUCUUCAUCUCCACAUACACCAAGUGGUGCAUAGGAGCAUACUUACUUGAAGUGCAUAGAGUAGACUGCAAACAGGGAUGUUUGUAUGUGCAGAGAUGAAUCCGCUGGUAACUGUUUUUAUUAGCUGCACUUCAGAAUGCAGUUAUUUUCCUACACUAUAGAAUCCUUAAAGUGUUGAAAAAUCUUUUUUUGCGUUUAUAUGUUUCUAUUGCAUUGGUGUGUGUGGGGGGGGUAUGUUUAAAAAUGCUUAUGUGAUUUCUUCUUCUUUUUUGUUUCCUUGCAGCAAUUUGGUAAAAUCUUAGAUGUUGAAAUUAUUUUUAAUGAGCGAGGCUCAAAG